AUGGAUUCCAAUACAGUGAGAAAUAUUACAGCAUUGCCUCCUGAAACUUUAGCAAAUAUUUUGAGCUUUUUACCGGCACGUAGUUUGGUCAAUGCUUUGCUCGUCUGUCGUUUGUGGAAGGACCUCGCUCAAAGAGAAUUAACCCAAAGAAAGUAUUUUGUCAGUCGGGUGUUCAAAUGUCGCAAAGACGAACUGACCUUCCAGGUAUGUUGUCUUAAUUAUGCAGAAGGUAUCGGGUGAUUCGAGUCGUUUCGUACUCAACUACAUGGUCACAGAAAGGAUGUCAUCUGACCCUAAAUUCAACAUUUUUUGGGGGGGGGGGGCGUGGUGACAUGCUUAAAAUUAAUCCUCUAUUUUACUUUUCUUAGAUUGUGAUUGAUGACAUCCGAAAGCAAAUUCUUGAAUUUUUGAAUGACAUUGAUAUAGUUCCAUCCGCUAUGGUUAUGUUGUGUUAUGAAAUAUUUGAUCCAAUGACAUUGGCCGAGUUCAGAAAAAAGCUUCUCUCAAAGAUCACCGAUAACCUUCCCAAGGAUUGUAUUGUUAUUGGUGCGAGAGAAGUGGGUGGCAUUAUUGGAGAGACAAAUUUCGGGUGUCCUGUUGUACGAAAAAGUUUAAGUGAACAGCUCUCUGUUCUUUUUAUUCCAAAGGUGAAAAAUGUUAA